UUACAAAAAUGAUAAGAGAAUUGUUAUUCAUGUUGAGUGGUCAACCUGGUGCACUUUUUGUUAAGAAAGAUAAUGGACAAUUUGAAAUGUGUUCAGCAAUUGCUGAUGUUGGCUUGUGCCAAUCUGAGAAAGAAAUCAUUAAACCAUUGCUCAAAAUCGGCUCAAAUGUAGCCUUCCUCAACGAAUUUGCCGAAGACAGAAAAAUGAACAGUCUUUACCUGGAAGUCAUCAAACAGUCCAUAGCAAAAUGUGUCACCGAGUUUCAAGAGGAACUUUUGGUUAUUGAAGUAGAAAUUCUGGAAGGAUCAUCAAUGUUGGGGGUGACUGGUAUUCAUUCAAAGAUCAUGCCACACACUCUGCUGCUCAAAUAUUUGAAGGAAUUGGUGGAUGCCAUUAAGUUGCAAGAGCCAAACUGUCUGCUGAUGGACACUAUUCAACACUAUCGUGAUCACUGUGGAGUCUCUAAAAUCAUUGCUACAUUUCAGCAGAUCUACAAUGUUUGCCUUAAAGUUCUUCACAAGCAAUUAGUGUCAUGGCUGUUGUUUGGAAAGCUUUUAGAUCCAUACAAUGAAUUUUUUAUCCAUCUAGAUGGUUCCAAAAAUUUUGUCAUCAAUGGUGAAAAGAUACCCAAUUGCUUGAGUGUGUCCCUUGCCCAGCAAGUUUUGUUUGUCGGAGAAUCAGUUGUAGCUCUCAGUGAAGCCCAAGACCUCAGCGAAGAGGACUGGGAGUUUAUGGGCAAACUGCGAAAGAUUCCUUUCGAAAACAUUGUAGAAAUUAUUCGACAGUGUCGCGAUCAAAUGGCCAGAAGGCUAUGGAACUUGGUGACUGAAAAGGAUCGACUCAACCGCAGUCUCAACAUGAUUCUUAACACUUUCUUGAUGAAGAAGGGCGACAUCUUUGCCUAUUUUAUUCAUCAGACGGAAAGUAUCCUUGACGGACAAUUCACUCCGGUCCAGUUGGUUGCCAAUCAAUUCGCCUUACAACAGAGACUGAUGAACUCACUCAAGAAAUAUCUAGAAGAAGAAGAGGCUGAAAUCGAGCGACUGUCGGUGAACAUCAUACCGGAUGUACAAGGCCAAGGAUGGGAACGUGUUUUCCUCGAGUACAAGACUGAAUGGCCUCUUGGAGUGCUGAUCUUCACGCCUGAAACUAUGCAAACCUACAACAAGAUUUUCCGGCUGCUAUUGAAUUUGCGGCGCAUCCAGUUGAACUUGAACGGAUUGUGGAAAAAUCUGGUCGUGUUGGAUAAGCCGGUACUGGAAUUGAGAUGGAACCUGCAACACGUCCUCAUCCAUCUAAGCCAGUACAUCCAGAUCGAUGUCAUUGAAGUACAAAAAUCUAUUAUGGAUCGUCAAAUUGAUCAGUGUCAAGACUUUGACAAAUUCCGAUCUGCACACGCCAACUUUCUUGUCGUCAUUGCCGCACAAACUUUUCUACACGUCCCAGCAAUGCAAGCCUGUUUCAAGGACCUCAUACAUUUGGCUCUGAAAUUCUGUGGGUUCUUUGCCAAUGACAGAAAGGAAGGACUGAUGCCUCUUGUUGCUGAGCUCAACCUGGAAUUCGAGAGACUGAUGCAGUUACUUUUCUCCUUACUAAACGGAAUGUACCAGCAGAGUUCGGGAACGACGAUGGAGCCCAUUGCACAGCUGCUGCUGAGACUAGACUUUAACUAUUAUCUGACAGAAGGUUUGCAGGCAAAGUCGAAUCGCACAAUUGGGGAAAUUUGAUGUAAUGUACAGAAUAGAAAAAAACAAAUUGAGAUUAUAAACUUGGUAAGCUGGAUAAAA